AUGCCUCGGCUUUAUCACACCAAGUCAAAGACUGGUUGUGCUCGCUGCAGAGCUCGCCGCGUCAAGUGCGAUGAAGCCAAACCAAAGUGUAAUUCCUGCGCCCGCCAUCAAGUAAGCUGUCUGUACGACAGAACAGACUGCUGGAAGACCUCGAAGCCAGAUGACAAUAGCGCCACCGAUCCAGCAUUGCAUCGGGAGUCGGUGCCUCUAAUGUCGGCAGAAAGCCGUGAUCGCCGCUAUUUAGAACUCCGGUUGCUUCACAUGUGGACCACCGAGGUCUGUCAGACGCUCCCGGGCAGCUACGAUGCACAAAAUCUAAGAAUCUGGGCUCACGAUGUCCCCAAGAUUGCUCUUGACUAUGAACCUUUACUCACCGCCAUUUUCUCCAUCACUCUCUUCUACAUGGUAUGCAACAACUCUCAGGUCGACAUUGGAAAGGACGAGCUAUUUGCACACAGAGCAAGAUAUUUUCAGGCUGCUCUACGGGACCACCGACAGGCACUUGGCUCUAUGGACCAUCGCACUGCCAAUGGGGCCAGCUUCACUUCCGUUAUUCUCAUAUUUGAUGCUUUCGCCAGUCUCAGAGAGCGAUGGAUUCAACCCAUCGACCCCAAUAUACCAUAUAAGUCACCGACAGAAUGGCUUCGGAUGUGCAGGGGGGCCAGAAAUGUCGCUGCGGUCGGACUACGCAUGAUCGGUAAAGACUCUGACACAACUUUCGGUAUCAUGGCCAGAGGCGCUGCCGCUUUCAUCGAUCCAGAGGUCAUCUAUACAGAAGCUAAUCGUGCCCGGUUCGCUCACUUGCUGUCUGUAAUUGCUGGCAAGCCUGAGAAUGACAUCGAUAAUAAGGCAUAUGUAACAGCGGUUGCGUACAUUGGAUCGGUCGCGGCAGCAAUGGAAGCAGGAGAAAUUCCUCUGAAAGUUGCUCGAAGAGUUACAAUUUUCCCCUUCAUCUUGCAUGAUCGUUUCAUCACCUUGAUUGAGAUGCUAAGCCCACGUGCCCUGGUUAUCCUCGGCCACUACUUCGCUUUGCUAAGUCACCUGGACGGGAUAUGGUGGAUGAGCAAUUAUCCAGAAAAGGAAAUUGAAGCCAUCAACGACAGCCUCAGCAGCGAGUGGCAGGGCAUGAUGGCGUGGCCGCUACAGGUACUUCGCGAGCGUGGUCAACGAUCCGCUGUGCGUGGCAGUGAGAAGUGAAGUUUUGGACAACCUAUUCCGUCAUGAUUAUUUCGG